AGGUCUGGGGAAGUGAAGGAGGCAGCCGGAGAGCCGGUCCAUUCCCGUGGAAACCCCGAGUCCUUUAGCACAGGCAGCUAGCUCUCCCUACUUUCCUGAGGGAUUUCUUUUGCGUGACUUGGAGAGGGGCUCAUGAAUGAUUUCUAAACGUGUGCCUCGCUCAGGCAAGCCGCACAGGGAGGGAGUAACCCAGCCGAGUGGGGGCAGAGCCAGCAAACACAGACCGCGCAGGGCUGGAAGUGGCUCUACUCUUGCAUGCAGUUUUUGAAGUCAGCAAAACAGAAAUCAAAUUACUCUAUUAUGCCUGUGGACGCUCGAGAAGGGGCUCUACCCUGGCUUAAUUACCAUGGGAGAUGCAGCAAGUCACAGAACAGCAAAGUAUGUCUAAUGUGUGGACCCUGAAGACAAAUCAUAAUGCAAAUGGAAAUUCCCGACAGCAACUAUGGCAAUUCAGCCUAGAGACUGAGAACUAUAACCCCAAGUACACCCAAUUACUAUGGGAUUAACACUGGAUGUAUUUUUAAUUGACUUUCUUCACGUAGAAUGCAUACCACCCCACUGUUCUUGGAUUGCAUGCUGUUUUAAUACCGCUGUAGCUAAACUAGUGUGAUCAACAUAACCAACAGAAUGAGAUAGAGCUCAAUGAGAUUCCUGGUAAUUACAAAACUUUUCUUUUCUGGCCAGGAUCACAUUUUUCUCCCUGAAUGCUCAAAACUCUGCAACUGCUAUGUUGCAAAGUCCAUUCUGUUUUUGACCUUGCUUUGAAGAAAAAAAUGAAACUAAGCAAGACUCCACUAGCACCAUGAAGGAAGGAGAUACAAAGAGCCACUGCAGUUCAGCUCCCAUUGUAAUAAUGAGAGAAAAAAGGCGACCAAAGGAGCUCAGCAUGUAUACCGGCUUCGGUGUGACCAAGCGUGGGGACAGAAAGAUGGAUGGCGAGCUGAGGCUAUAACUUGUUAGUUUUUCUUUACUUCAUCUGCUACAAGUUCCGGCUUAGAAAUGGAUAUUCUUUUUGAGGAAAAUGCUUCUUUGAGCUCAACUACAAACUCCUUAAUGCAAUUAAAUGAGGACCCAAGGCUCUACAUCAAUGACUUUAACUCCGGAGAAGCUAACACGUCAGAUGCAUUUAACUGGACAGUGGACUCGGAAAAUCGAACCAACCUUUCCUGUGAGGGCUGUCUCUCACCACCAUGCUUCUCCUUACUUCAUCUCCAGGAAAAAAACUGGUCUGCUUUGUUGACAGCUGUAGUGAUUAUUCUAACCAUUGCUGGAAACAUACUCGUCAUCAUGGCAGUGUCCCUAGAGAAGAAGCUGCAGAACGCCACCAACUAUUUCCUGAUGUCACUUGCCAUAGCUGAUAUGCUGCUGGGUUUCCUUGUCAUGCCCGUGUCCAUGCUAACCAUCCUGUAUGGUUACCGGUGGCCUCUGCCUAGCAAGCUCUGUGCGGUCUGGAUUUACCUGGACGUGCUCUUCUCCACGGCUUCCAUCAUGCACCUCUGUGCCAUCUCACUAGACCGCUAUGUUGCCAUCCAGAACCCCAUCCAUCAUAGCCGAUUCAACUCCAGAACAAAGGCCUUUCUGAAAAUAAUUGCUGUUUGGACCAUAUCAGUGGGUAUAUCUAUGCCAAUACCAGUCUUCGGCCUACAGGAUGAUUCCAAGGUCUUUAAGGAAGGGAGUUGCUUACUUGCAGACGAUAAUUUUGUCCUGAUCGGCUCUUUCGUGUCAUUCUUCAUUCCCUUAACCAUCAUGGUGAUCACCUACUUUCUAACUAUCAAGUCACUCCAGAAAGAAGCUACUUUGUGUGUGAGUGAUCUUGGCACCCGGGCCAAACUAUCGUCUUUCAGCUUCCUCCCUCAGAGUUCCCUGUCUUCGGAAAAGCUCUUCCAGCGAUCGAUCCACAGGGAGCCAGGGUCCUAUGGCAGGAGGACUAUGCAGUCCAUCAGCAAUGAGCAAAAAGCUUGCAAGGUGCUGGGCAUUGUCUUCUUUCUGUUUGUGGUGAUGUGGUGCCCAUUCUUCAUCACGAACAUAAUGGCCGUCAUCUGCAAAGAGUCCUGCAAUGAGGAUAUCAUCGGAGCCCUGCUCAACGUGUUCGUUUGGAUCGGUUACCUCUCCUCAGCAGUCAACCCACUGGUAUACACACUGUUCAACAAGACCUACAGGUCAGCCUUUUCCCGGUAUAUUCAGUGUCAGUACAAGGAAAAUAAAAAACCAUUGCAGUUAAUUUUAGUGAACACUAUACCGGCCUUGGCCUACAAAUCUAGUCAACUCCAAAUGGGACAAAAAAAGAAUUCAAAGAAAGAUGCCAAGAGCACAGAUAAUGACUACAGUAUGGUGGCUCUAGGGAAACAACAUUCAGAAGAUGCUCCUACAGACAUUAUUAACACAGUGAAUGAAAAGGUUAGCUGUGUGUGAUAGACAAGUUGCCAUAGCAACCACAGAGGGCACGCUCGGCAAAUUUUCACCUAUUCUGGGGAAAGAAAAGAAAAUAGGGGGACUGGGAAAAAAAUUAGGCCAGUCUAGUAGAACCAACAAUAAUAUUUAUAUGCCUCAUUUUAUUCUGUCAAUGAAAAAAAAAAAGCAGGGUUAAAUGACACAAAAUGUGCACUUCAAAAAUGUUCUGACAGCAUUUCAGCUGUGAGCUUUAUGAUACUUAUUUUUAACAUUGUAAAUGAUAUGUCUUUAAAAUAAUUAGCUUUUAUUGUAUGAUUAUAAUGAGGCUAUAAGUCUAAAUUACUUUCUAUUUCAAGUGGAAACCUUGCUACUCUGUUGUUGUUAAUUGAUGGCAUGAGUUGGUUACCUAUUGCUGUAAAUAACAAUAGCUACAAAUAGUGAAAAUUGGUUGACUAUCAUACAAUGACCUCUUAAAGAAAAAUCUUCUUUAAAACUUACUAUGCUACAUAUUUUGAACAACAAAAAAAGACACUAAGGAGAGUGUUAUGAAAUCUGUAUUGCUAAGAUAAUUAAAUGAAAUACUUGACGACUUUUUCAUUCCUGCUUUUUCAUAGAUGUCAUUUGGAAAUAUUCACAAAGUUGCUGGCAUUUGCUGCCUUUCAAGCUAAUUCUUCUCAGAAGUGAAAAAGUUUUAAAAUGUUAUUUAAUAACUACCGCUGCUUUCUCUUCUACUCUUUGUGCUUUAUUCUGAAUCUCCAAUGUGGUCUUGUUUAGUGUUUGUUCUACUAGGUAAACUAUCAAAAGGAUAAUUUAACAUUACUAAAUACAUUUCUAGAAAUUGCUUCUCCUCAACAGCACCAUAGCAGUGUUUGGUAACUCGCUCUUUGAUGACUGCCCCGUGCAUGCGCGCCUUUGAGCAGUAAGCAGUAUUGAUGUAACUGUGUCACGAUUGAGGAAUAAACUCAGGUUUUUUGCUACUGACAGCAGAACCUUAGGACGUCUCUGUAAAAUGCAGGUGGCUUUCCUAUUGGCCCCAUUAGGUAAACUGAUGCUUUCAGAUCAGUCUAUAUUCUUUACUAAAACUGUUCAGCUUUGGCCUCACGAUCAUCUACUGGGUGUAUACUAUCUGUGAAGAAAUGUCCUAGGUACUGAAGAUAUAAAAAUUAAAAAAAGAUCCCUGCCUUUAAAGAAAAUGACCUAAUUGGAAUGGUCCUCGUCAAAAAUAUUAAUUAGCAGACAUUUUGAGAAUUGGUUCAAACUGUUUUGUUCUUACCUGGGUCAGAAAAAGGCUUGUUUUGACUCUGAGGGUAGUUUUCUCAGUAAGUUUCCCACUUGGUUGCCAAUGAAUACCCACCAAAUGAUCGAGGGGGGAAUACUACAGGAGGUCAAAAUUUGAAAGUAGUUUAGAAAUACACACCUCGACUUAGACCCAACCUAUCACAACCUAUCACUAAAGUUUCAAGAAAAUUUUGUUUUACUUCCCUAAAAAUCUAAUUUAUUUGUUAUUCACUGACACUGGACUCCCUAAUAAAAAAGAGCAGUAAUAUAGUGUUUUGUAGAAAAGUUUGCUAAAGAGAGAAAGAGGUUAACAGCACUUAAUUCACCUUGAUAUUACUCUAGAUUAAAUUAUACAUCCUUACUAAAAUAGAUGUUGGAUGAUAUGUGGUUAUAGAAGAAAUACUGAAGUAUUUCUAUUAAAUGAAAAGUAGUUUUUUGCUCUAAGCCAUUUGAGAAAAUAUUAUAGAUUUGAAAACUAAAGGAUGUGGGAGAUGCCACUGUGGGAUUUGGAAAUGCUUUCAGGCUAUCCAAUUAUAUCCUUAUAGAUACAUUGAAAGGUAUGUAUUUCAAAGCUAGAAUUUACAGUAAACCACUUAUAUCAAGGCUGUGUUUGACCUGAACCACUUUAAUGAUAAUACCAUACUAACUUAUAAAAAUACAAAUGUUAAAAAAUCUCUGCUCCAAUGUAUUUUGCCAUAGCUUAUAACUCUGCACAUUUCAUAAAAUAUUAGACAAAAGAUUAGAUUCUACCCCAUAUACUCAAUCCUGAUCAGAAUGAACAUAAAUACUGCCUGACAGAUGUCUUUUGACUACAUAUAUAUUACAAAUGUGUACGUUUUUUCUUUCCAUAAAUAUCUAUUCAAGUGUACAUAGACAAACAUGUAUCUGUGUAUAUGUACAGACAUGUUCUCAUGCACUUUAUUCGAUAUUUAUAUAUUUAUAUGGAGAAAAAGCAAGAGUCAUUAAUGAAAACACUCAGUAUAUACACAUGUUUGCAUGUUUGUAUCCUGUCAAUUAAAAUGUGAAUUCACAUUCUAACGUUUCUAUGACCUUCCAUUGCUGUCAAAGCAGAUUAAAAUGUAACAGAAGUAUCAGCUCUUUAAAUAAACUGGAAGUUCACCUAAUUUUGUGGGAAGACUAACACAAUUCUACGAGGGUGGUGAAAACAAUGGUCCUUUAUAUAGUUGAGUGAUCUUAAAUAAACUGGUACCUUUGGACCCUUUUUCAGUCUGGGGACUUUCUGACUACUAAGGCUUUUAAAACACCCCCGCCCUGCCCCAGUGAGACACAGUGCUUGAAUGAUUUAUGGAUCUGUGAUUAAAAGACUCACUUCUAAUCAAUAUUUUAAGUUGAACAGUAGAUUCUUCUAUAUUUAAAGAAAGGAAUUAAAUGCCAUGUAGUUAGGGAAACACUCAGUUUAGACGUACUUCAUCUACUUGGCCACAGCGCCACCUCAUGGUCAUUUUUUAAAGUGCUACCGUAGCCAAAUUGAACUAAGUUACUGUAGUGCUUUUGGCAAAGGGUGCUUCUCCCAUUUGUGCAUCAACAAAACAUAUUUAUAAAGUGUUAAAUUAUUCUGUGCAACAUAUAAUAAAUAGAGUGAAGAUCAUUUUGUGUAGUGAUUUUAAUCAAGGUGAUUCUAAAAGAUUUCAAGAAAGAAUGAAUAAUUAUAAAUAAAGUACACUCAAAAAUCAA